GGGAGGGGGGCAACGCUUGCGGCGCGAUAGAGCUCGAGGGUCCGAGACGCUCAAGACUGCACAAUCACAACCAGUUCAGAGGUUCAGAAGACGGAGGCUGCAGCUUGUUUCUUUCAAGGGAGCACAUGAUUCUUCCCCGUUUUUUCGGCAGACGUUGAACUGAUUGAACUGAUAAAAGAAGAAAGGUACACACAAAGCGAGGGAAAUACACGAGGGGAAUACACAAUUGUCAUAUGUUCCAGUGACCAGUUACUGACAAAAUGUUGGCACGCCACCGCGCCGUAUCUUUGAGACCAUUCCAAGGACAAGGUUGUGGUGCUGCGGCUCGCUCCACGCUCUUUCUCCUUCUCGUCAGAGUGGCUCUCUUGGCGGGCCGCGCAGCAGCAGCGUUGUCCUCCCUGGAGCACAUGAACGCCAACCCCGGCGACAUGAUCUGGUGCAGGAUGGGCCCCGUGGCCCACUGGCUGCUGGCCUCCGACACGCCCGGCUUCUUCAUCAACGUGCAGCCCGGCUCGCCCUCGUACGUGGUGAAGGAGGUCCACUUCUCGGAGGGGGGCGGCAAGAGCAGCGUCAAAAAGUGUGCGAAUCGCGGCCCUGGCUUGUUCGGCUCGAGGGCAGUGGCCAGGGCGCGAGAGCACCUCGGCCGGCCGGUGUACUACCACCUGCUGCGGUGCAACUGCGAGCACUACGUCAAGGCGUGGGCGGGAAAGCCCCUCUGCGCCAACCAGGCCAUGUGCCCCAACAAGAAGUGCCGGCCGCAUUUGCCCGCGUACACUUUCGAUUCCCUGUCCGACCGUCGCAUCUUCGAUGUCAUCUCGGCAAGCGCUCACGGCUUUGGUGACGCGAUGUGAAUGAAGACUUUUUCAAAAUGAAGCCAAUAAAACCACUUCUCAAUCU